AAGUUUAAUUAAAUAUUAAAUUUUUCAAUAUAAAUAUAUUUUAGUUUACAAAAAUAUUUAUCUUUAAUUUUAUUUAAAAAAAUUGAUAUUCAAGAAUGUCUCGAUAUCUCAAGAGUUCAAUUAGAAGAUCACUAAUAUAAUAGUAGUAAUUUAAUGCUUGUCUAUCGAUAUUAUUUCAUUAAAAUGUUUUUUUUUUCUAUGAAGUUCAAAACUUAUCAAAGUCAUUGACACAUCUUCAAUUUUAGUUUUUAAAUUUCUAUUUGAAACUUUACAUAGAGAUAGAUGUUAACGAAUAUAAUUUAUUGCAAAAUAUUUUUCAUUUCGCCGAUAAGAAUAUCAUAACUACAACGAAUAUAUCUAAAACUUUCAUUAGAAACUAUUGUCAGUGAGCUCAAUCUCUGUGAAAAAAUCAAAUUCGAGGUUCGAAAAAAAUAUUUCUGAAGAAUGUCAUAGUGUUAUCUAAAAAACAAUUGUAAACAUACAAUUAGUAAAGCAAUCGAACUUUUCUCUACAUAUUUACAACUUAUUUGAGUUCACAGCAUCCUCAAAUCAAAAGCAACUUUUCAGUUGAAAUGCUCCUCUUGUUAGUCUAAUAAUUCAGUUAAAUAUUUAUUAAUUGAUUUUAUAAUUUUACUUCAAUAGGAAUUAAUGAGAAAGAUGCAAAAAUGAAAAUGAACAAAUGCAACAAAAAUUAUCUGGUAUCAAAAAAAAAAGUAAUUUUAUUUAUUAUUAAUCAAAUUUCUAUAUAGGAUCAAUGCGUCGUUCAACAAUUGAUUCAUUAGUACAAGAAAAUCCAACUAAUUAUACAUAUUCAAAUUCUCAAAUACAAACAAAUGUUUUAAGAUGUGCACAUUGUUUUGCACCUAAAUCAAAUGAUUUAUAUACACGAUUUUGUACGGAAUGUGGUCUAUCUUGGCAAAAACUAACUCAUAAUCCACCGGAUAAUUAUUCAACAAGAAUUCUAUGUCCUCAUUGUAAAUCAACAAAUUCAAUACAUUUACGAACAUGUUAUAUUUGUGAAAAUGUAUUAAUACCAACAUCGACAUCACCAGAAAAACGAACUUCAAUUUCAAUUCCAACAAUAUCAAAACAAACUAAUACAAUAAUGAUAACAUGUUCAAAAUGUUUUCGUUUAAAUAAUCCUAAUGCUCGCUUUUGUGAUUGGUGUAGUUCAUAUCCUGAUCAUGCAUCUACAUCAAUACAAUGUACAAAAUGUCAUACUAAUAAUGAUUCAUUUGCACAAUUUUGUUCAACAUGUGGAUGUGUUAUUAAACCACCAUUACGUAUUAUUGAUACACGUCUUAAAAACGAUUUGAAUAUUUCAUCGUCAUCAAUGAUUGCUAGUACAUUAACACAUAAUUCAGUUAAUCCUGUAUGGCUUAAUGCAAAUACAACAUUGACUAAUUAUCAUCAAUCAUAUUCAACAAUUAGAAAAGAAGUUGCAACACAAACAUAUGGAAUUUAUUAUCCAAGUGCAAAAGAUAUUGAUUUAAUUAUAACACAAAAUAAAAGAUUAUUAAAUGAAAAAGAAUUAAAAGAAUAUCGUCCAAUAUUAACAUCUACAAGUCCAGGAAAAGGAUAUUGGCGACAACAAUUAGAUCAUAUUUGUGCUCAUUUAAAAACUUAUGCAGUUAAUCGACCAGAUUUUCAAUCAUUGAUUGGUGAACCACGUAUGGGUAAUAUGAUUCAUGCAACUGUACAUGCAAAUGAAUAUCAAGUAACUAUACAAACAGUAUUUCGUAAACCAGAAAAUCUUUCACAAUCACCAUUUUUUAUUAAUGAAACAAAUGAAUAUUAUCCAAUAAAUAGUGAACGAAGUUCACCAUAUUCAAAUACAAUUUAUUCUGAUAAAGUUCAACGUUUAAUAAAAGAAAAAGCUGAUGUUAAUAUUAAAAAUAAAGAAGGUUAUACGAUUCUACAAUUGGCUAUACGUAAUGGACGAGGUAAUACAGCAUUACAUGAAUGUUGUUUAUUAGGAUUUGAUGGUGCUGAACCAUUAAGAAUUCUUCUCAAACAUGGAGGUGAUGCAUCUUGGUUAAAUGAUAAAAAUGAAAGUGUUAUUGAUAUAGCAGCAAAACA